AUGGCCGGCGGGGAGGCCGCCCCAGCGGCGGGGCCCGGCUCCGCGGCGGACGGUGGCGAGGGGAAAGGGCGGGGAGCCGGGGACGCCGGCGGCCUGGGCUGGGUGGAGGCGCUGCGCGGCGACUGCGAGCCCGAGCAGCACUGGCGGUACCGCCGCGAGUUCCUGGUCCGCAACGCCGAGGCCUCGUCGCUCUCGCCGGACGGGGAAGGCGGGAGCGAGAGCGCGGGAAGGCGGCGCCUCGUCUCCUUCUCCAUGGUGUGGGCCAACCACGUCUUCCUGGGAUGCCGGUAUCCUCAACAAGUGAUGGAAAAAGUGCUGGACAUGGCUGCAGGCAUCACAGUCACCAAUGCUCCAACCCACACUCUGAGAGACGAACUGGUUGCCAAGGUGAAACGAGGCAUAUCAAGUAGCAAUGAAGGGCUAGAAGAGCCUUGCAAGAAGCGAGCUGUGGGCACAGACAAAGCUUCUGAAGAUAGCAGAAGUGAUGCAAAGCCUACCAAGGCAGAAGUGCCCAUGGAAACAGGCGCUGAACUUAUGAAAAACACAGAAAAAGAGGGAGCAAAAGAUCCAGAGAAGCCACAAUCUUCCGCCGUGGCUCAGAAGGUGGCUGCUACGGCAUCACCAGCUGUGGCAUCGCCAGCCGUGGCUCAGAAGGCAGCAGCUGUGGCGUCGCCAGCCGUGGCUCAGAAGGCGGCAGCUGUGGCGUCGCCAGCCGUGGCUCAGAAGGCGGCAGCUGUGGCAUCGCCAGCCGUGGCUCAGAAGGUGGCGGCAUCACCAGCAGUGGCUCAGAAGGCGGUGGCGCCAUUGCCAGUGGUGGCUACGGCGUCACCGGCCAUGGCUCAGAAGGCGGUGGCUACGGCGUCACCAGCCAUGGCUCAGAAGGUGGUGGCUACAGCAUCGCCGGCCGUGGCUCAGAAGGUGGUGCCCAUGGCACCUUCAGCUGGAGUAAAAGUAGAACCUAGGCUUGCUAAUUAUGAAUCCACAACAGUCACUAGGCACAAAUCAGUUCUGGCUUCUUCUAUAUCUGGCCCUGAAUCAAAGAUAAAUUAUUGCUUAACCAAACCUUCAGACUCCAAAUCUGAAAGCGCAUUACCACCUGAAAAGAAAGACAGUUCAGAAAGUACUGCAGUGUUAGCUUCGAAAAGCAGUUCACAUGUGAGUGCAGUCCCUGUCAAAGUGCCACUGAAAUUGUUAACAAGUGAAGAUGCAAAAGAGAGGCAACCAUUCUUCAAUAGACUAUACAAAGCCGUUGCUUGGAAGCUGGUUGCUGUCGGAGGCUUUAGUCCCACUGUCAAUCAUGUAGAACUUCUAAACUCGUCUAUUCUGUCCGUAAAGGCAACAUUAGAUGUUGAUUUUGUUCCACUGAAAGAGCUUACAGAUUUACCUCAGAACAAAAGCUCUCAGGAAAGUGUGGUUUGUGAACUGAGAUGCAAAUCUGUAUAUUUGGGUACUGGUUGUGGGAAAAGUAAGGAAAAUGCCAAAGCGGUAGCUUCACGGGAGGCACUGAAAUUAUUCCUCAAGAAAAAGGUUAUUGUGAAAUUAUGUAAAAGAAAGUACAAAGGAAGGGAAGUUGAAGAUUUGGUGCUUCUUGAUGAAGAAUCAAAACCAUUAAAUUUACCUCCAGCUUUAAGAAACCCUCAAGAAAUAUUGUAGAACAGUG